CCCCCUCGCAAAAUUCUUCAUUCUCUCUCUCUUCUCUGCACUGUGUCUCUCGCAGCACUUCCUCUUCGCAAACAAGAACCAACCGCAACGAGAUGCAGAUCUUCGUUAAGACUUUGACUGGAAAGACCAUCACUCUUGAGGUUGAGAGCAGUGACACCAUCGACAAUGUCAAGGCCAAGAUUCAGGACAAGGAAGGUAUUCCUCCUGACCAGCAGAGGUUGAUUUUUGCUGGCAAGCAGCUGGAAGAUGGUCGUACACUAGCUGAUUAUAACAUCCAAAAGGAAUCAACGCUUCACUUGGUUUUGAGGCUUAGAGGAGGCACCAUGAUUAAAGUGAAGACUCUAACUGGAAAAGAAAUUGAAAUUGACAUUGAGCCAACUGAUACCAUUGACCGAAUCAAGGAAAGGGUUGAAGAAAAGGAGGGAAUUCCUCCAGUGCAGCAGAGGCUUAUAUAUGCUGGUAAGCAGCUUGCGGAUGACAAGACAGCGAAAGAGUACAACAUUGAGGGCGGUUCUGUGCUUCACUUGGUGCUUGCCUUGAGGGGUGGUAUCCAUUAAGUAGAAUGCUCUUCAUUUGUGGGAACUCUACUCGUCGAGGCUUUAUUAUCUGUUGUCGAUUGUUAACAUCACCUAAAAACGAGAAUGGAAGCUCCGACUCAGACUGUCUCUGAAAUUCAACGUUUUAUAAAUUUGCAUUGUUCCUA